AUGGCCAUGGUUUGGAUUAUUGAUGCUUUAUCGGAUGGGACGUUACCAAGAACAAUUCUGUACUGUACAUCAAUAAAAGAUGCCUCAAAUAUAUAUUCCUACAUAAUAACAGAACUGCCACAGUGUUCCGAGGUGCAGAUGUUUCAUUCAGAAACCCCAGAGGACAUCAGAAACAAAAUUCUGCAAGAUUUAUUGGAUGAAAAAAGUGCCACCAAACUUGUUAUAGCCACAAGUGCACUAGGUAUGGGGGUGGACAUUAGGCAGUUUUAUAGUGUAAUUCUUGAUGGUGCCCCCAAGAGCAUAGUAGACACUGUGCAAGAAAUAGGGAGGGUGGGGCGUGAUGGAAAGGACUCUGUAGCCCUUGUUCUCUUCAAUUCCUACCACCUGAGGACAGUUGACACUGAGGUAAAAGACAUGUUUACCUCAAAAGACUGCAAACGUGUGUCUAUGUUUGAGCCCUUUCUUUCAGAGGGAGAACUUUUAAAAGAAAGGAGUAAGACAAUAUCACAUUCAUGCUGUGAUCUCUGUGCCGACAGGUGUGACUGUGGGACAUGUGAUUUGACCCCUAUAGAGAAACUUUUUAUGGUGAAUCUUGUCGAAUUUAGUGACCAUAGUUCAUCCGAUACCGAACCUUAA